AUAGCCUUAGUCUACACUAUGUCAGACAAAGUAUUAAAGCCCUGUGAUAGCCACUUUGAGUUAUCUAUUAAUCUCAGGCUUGGUUCUCGCAACGAAAGAUUUGAAGAAGACUUAUUCUACAGGCCAGAGCUAGACCUGGAUGAAGACAGUACACCCAAUGGAGAUAAUGAAUCUGUUUCUUCAAAUAAUGGUCAGUCAUUUGAAGAUAUGGCCAUGCACGAGGUUGAUUCUAAAUAACAUUGAAAUGAGUGGGGGAAGAACUGAAAAAGAAUUCCAAGGAUUCACUUCAAAUAUCCAGAUGAUUAACAAAAAUCUAAAAUGCAAUAAACAGACAAGUUCUGGAAUGUCAAACUCUAAAGAAGAGAGAAAACUACUACGCCGAGCUAAAUCUGCUGGAGAAGAUUUCAAAUGCAGAGAAUCUUCCUUUGAGGAGGAGAAGGCCCAGGAACCCGACAAAAAGAUUGACUAUAACCAAAAUGAAGUAGAUCUAGCUGUAAAGCGACAUCUGAUGAAAUUUCAAAUGUUUUUUUAAUCACUAUCAAUUAAGCUCACGAGAAAAGAUGUAUAUCUUGACCCAGCCAAUUCCUCAGGAUAUUGGAGAGUUAAAUUUGACACUUGUGAGGAAAGGAGGAAAAUUCUUAAAAUACUUCAACAAGUAUUAUCUCUCAAAUGAAACAAGAUCCAUUUCACUUUUAAGUGCUAAAACUUCUUGGAAAAAUUCUUCAAGUUAUCAUAUUUUCAGCUCGAAAUAAGUAUGCUGGGAAAGUGAUUGCUGGCAAAAACAAGAACAUCUACACUGUAUAUGACAACUCUGACUUCACUUCUGGCUCAUACGAGAACUGUCGGAACGAAAUAGGGGCUAUUCAUUACACAAGCAUUGAUUCAGAAUCUAAAUGAAGAAACAUAGUAGCUCGACUCCCUCAAAUCGAGUCUGAUGAAUGCUAUUCAGACAUAAAAUCUACUAGCUCUAGUACUUCAUGUCUUUUUGAGAACUCUACUAAAAACUACGAAUUUGUAAACUGUAAACCAUUUUACACUGAUACUGACGGUUGGUCAAUGGGCUUUUCAUCCCGAGUGAAGAAAUCUAGCUGCAAGAAUUUUAAAUUGGUCCAUAUGACAGGCUCCUCAUGUCAGGAAGAUCAUGACUCAUCUUUGCUAGAAUUUGGUAAAAUUUCGAAAAAUACCUUUGCUCUCACUGUAGAGUAUCCUUUCUCAAUCAUGAAUGCCUUUGCUUUUGCUUUAUCAGCUUUCCACACAAGAUCUUGGUGGCAAAAAGCAGAUCAGGAAUAAUGCUAUCCAAUAACG